AUGUCUGCUCGUGCCCACUCUCCGCCUGCUUCGACCUUCAGCUCGCAAUCUGACACUGCCCCCAUCGUCUCGCGCUCAGUCUCUCAAUCGCCCACCACUACCGAUCCAGCAAAGCCCACCAAGCGACGAUUGUUUGGUCUGGUCAAGAGAAAGGACAAGGCCUCCGACAACACUGCCGUCAUCGACGCGAAUACCGACGCGACCCAGUCCGAGCCGACAGCUGCAGUUGCGUCUGCAUCACCAAACAUGAAUCCUGUCACUUCGUCGCCCUCUCCGCCCAAUCGCUUUGUCGCUGCAUCACCGACCCGUCUACCGUUUGCGCUGACUUCGAGUCAAUCCACCUCGACUCUAGCGUCAUCGCAAAUCUUCGAGCGAAACGUGCAAGAAUCGAUUGUACCUAGCGAAUUGUCACCUGCUAUUCCUGCUCAUAUUCAGACCGAAGAUCAUAUCCCUGCUGUUCUUGAGGCGUCUUCGCUCGCUAUCACAGAUACCCAUCUAGAUCCGGACCAAGUCGAGAUUGUCACCCACACAGCCCACCAACCCGCGAUUGAUAAGGUCGCAGAGGGCACAGCGAGUGCUCUCCAUUCAGAUGCACAGCUCCCAGUUUCACCACAAGAUUCGCAACAUGAAAGCUUCCACUCGGUACCCUCCCACCCGGCAGAUCUUGAUGAUGCUGCGUCAAACUAUGGUGCUUUAGAUCCUGCAGACGUGCGCAGGCUAAGCUUCAUUUCCUUUGCAGAUGUUGUCCAGGCAGAACAGGCUGAAUCCAAGGACUCCCUACACCACGGGCCACUAUCUGCCAGCACCCACUCUCCUCCUCUGGCUCGCUCGCCAUCACCGGCACGCUCGCCUUUAUCCUCACAUUAUUCACAAGAGGUGACAACUCCACCGCUUGGGAGCAACCCAACAUCGAUCAAGGGCUUCGACAUGAGCCCGGUACGAAGCCCAAUUGGCAGUCCGCAUCACCAGCAACAUGGAGAACUCACAAUCGAGACAAUGCGCCAGGCACUACGCAAGACAGCCAGCGGAGACUUUACAGGAACCAAGAUAGCACCAUAUCCAGCAAGCUCGACAGGCCUUGAAGAUGGCGGUCUUGAGAGACAAGGCUUCAAAUGA